AACAACUUCAUUGUGCAUUUACUUUUAUAUCUCAGGUGAUGGAUGACUCUGAAUUUUCUCACAGGGCUCGUAAAAGGAUUAAAGAAGUAAAGAAAAAAGCUAGACCUGAGUUAAAUACUAAGGAAUUAUGGACACUACAAGGAUAUGCAAAUGAUUUUGAGAGAUUUCAUAAUUUUGUUGACAAUUGUGAAAGAAUAGACCAAGAUAAAUGUUCACAAAGAGGAUUUAUAUCUAAGUAUGAACUGCCUUACAAACCCGUUGUUAUCACUGGAAGCCAAGAAGGGUGGAAAGCAAAAGAGAAAUGGACUUUGGAGAAACUGGCGAAGAAAUACAGAAACCAAAAAUUUAAAUGUGGUGAAGAUAACGAAGGUUAUAGUGUUAAAAUGAAGAUGAAAUAUUAUAUACAUUAUAUGCUUAAUACUAAAGAUGAUAGUCCUUUAUAUAUAUUUGAUAGCAAUUUUGGUGAGCAUCGCCGUAGAAAAAAGUUGUUGCAAGAUUAUGAUGUACCCUACUAUUUUCGAGACGACUUACUUAAGUAUUCUGGCGAAAGUAGAAGACCUCCAUAUAGAUGGUUUGUUAUGGGGCCAGGUAGAUCGGGAACUGGUAUUCAUAUAGAUCCUCUUGGAACUAGCGCUUGGAAUGCCCUUGUAGUAGGCCACAAAAGGUGGUGUUUGUUUCCGACACAUACCCCGAAAGAACUUUUAAAAGUGACUGCUGUAUUAGGCGGCAAGCAACGCGAUGAAGCUAUAACGUGGUUCAAUGUAAUUUACCCUAAAACCAAAGAUCCAUCGUGGCCUGAGGAUUGCAAGCCGAUCGAAAUCCUUCAGAAACCGGGAGAAACUGUUUUUGUGCCCGGCGGGUGGUGGCACGUCGUCCUUAACUUGGACACAACGAUAGCAGUCACACAAAACUUCUGUAGUAGAACUAAUUUUCCCGUUGUUUGGCACAAAACUGCUAGGGGAAGACCGAAAUUGUCCCGAAAGUGGUUGAGAGCUUUGAGAGAGAAAGAACCAAAUUUAGCGGCGUUGGCCGAUAGAAUAAACUUAGAGCAACCUUCAGGCGUUGCGUCUGAUAGUUCCAGCAACUCUUCGUCCAGUUCUAGUUCUGAUUCUGAUAGUACCAACUCUGAAGAUGAUGAUAGCGGUCAGGAAUCUAUCACGACAAAGAAGAAGAGAAGAAAAUCUGAUAAUGAAUCCGAGCGUAACCGAAAGGUGUCUCGUAGACUGAGCAAUGAUUCACCUAUGUCAUGGACAUUCAAUAAACGGGCUUCCAUAUCUCCUUCACAUGCAACAGAAACUUCAGCAGACUUGCAAAGAUGGAGCUUAGAAAAUCAGACUGUUGCCAAAACUCCCCCUGAACAUGUAUGAUAUUAGUUUCCAGAGAUUCUUAGUUUAUGAAAAAGUUGAAACGAGGCUUCAACUGAACAGCCUCCUUGUUGAGUUAGUUUAUUUUCUUAAAAUAUAACUUUUGUAUAGAAUGGUGUUUGUCAUAGUAAAAAUUUUUGAAAUGGUUAUAAUUUAGUAGAUGUGUUUGUCCAAACAAACAUUUUAAUAAAAUUAAAAUUGUGAUAAAUUUUAUAAAUCAGAAUGGGUAAUAAUGUAAAUUAUAUGACACAAUGACCUAUUUUAUUCACUAUAAUAUUUAGGUUACAUUAUACAUACAUAUAUUGGGAAAAAAUUCAGAAACUUACAUAGGAUGUAAAGAGGGUCCAAAUAAAAAAGCCUGAAUUAUUUCUCCCCACAUCUCAGGCAAGAUGCCUUACCGAUGACAACUUUUUAUUUCUUAUUAUUACUUGCAUUUGCCCUCUCUCCACCUUUGUAUCUAAUUUCAGAAGGACCUGAAAAAAUUUACCUAAUAUUUUUAGCUUUUUUACUUAUUUUGGUAGUACUGUAAAUCGCUACUAUUUGACUGAAUAUAGAAUUAAUACAAUUGUAGUUGACUUCUAGCGUUCUCAACUACGGAACUGGAAAACUGUAAGUAUUUUUGUAACAUACCAUUUCUAAACUUUUCUAUCCCAACAAAUUAUUUUGUUAAAUAUGUAGCAAAUUAUCACUGAUAGAAAAGUUUGUAUAGAUAUUUAAUUUAUUUAAUAUUUGUGCUUUGUGGUAAGUUUGUCUGGGUUCUCAAUUUUUUAUAACACAAAUUUAAAAAAAGCGUGAAAACAAGACUACACUUGAAAAAGUUUUUAUUGAAAAUGUAACAAACUAAUACAGGAUAGUUUUCUUCAUCAUAAAUUAUUCUAGAAACUAUAUUUAUAUGAACUUUCUUCAUGUGUAGAAUGUAUACAUGGAUAGAUUUCUGGACGUCUGUAUAAAGAGACUUGUAAAAUAUGAGGCGACUUCUUUAUUUAUUAAAAUUGAGAACAGUGUGAAUUUGUUUUAGAAAUCGGAAGGCAGUUCCAUGAAGGCACAAAUAUAUCAUGAAAUUCCUUGAAAUGAGCAAUCACUUUUUCUUUUAUAUUAAAAGUAGGAAAUGAUGUUUCUCUGGACUAUAAUUUUUCCUGAUUUUGUUAUUUGUAGAAUAGUAAAUAUCUGAAUUACAAUAUAUUUUCAUUUAAAUUACAGAGUUUAAUUAAUGGUGAUUUAAACGAUCAAUUAUAUUUUUUCUGAAUACAUGUUACCAUUCUAGUGUAUUAUUUCAAUGUUUUUAUUUAUUUAGAUUUAUUAAUUUAGUUGUAUAUGUUUCUUUAAUUUAUCUAUGUGUACAAAAAAAUGUAUUGCCAAAGACCAAAUAUUGUACAUAUUAAUUUCAGAAGGGUCACCAUUUAAUUUAGCUUGAAUGAAUUCAAAAAUAUUUUUUCCAUUAAAACUUAAUUGAUAAAGUUUUUCUUGGCUUUCUGAAAUAAGUGGUUAAUAUAUAGAUUUAAAUAAUUAUAUGACUGGCAAUAAUCCUCACGUACACAUACUUUUCCUCGUCAAUUAAUUUGUUUCCUUCAUAGUUUUUUUAUUGUGAUCAAAGCUAGUGCCUCCCUGUUUGGUAACAAAAUUGGCAUAACAUAUUUUCCUGUUUCUAUCAAAAUGUACCCUUAUUAUAUUAUUAUUGGUAUCUAAUAAUUUGCCGAUUAUUAGAAAGGACAUAAUAGAGGUAGUUGAGAUAUAUAAGAUCGUUUUUUAAUUUAAGUAUCCAUUGAUACUAUUAGUUAAAAUUUAUUUCUGUAACAAUUCAAAUCCACAUGGUGUGCAAACUGUUUAUUUUUGUUUAUGCCAACAACUGUAAUGAAUAUUCUGUGUGCCUUUUGUCUAUUCAGUAUUUCUAAAUAAAGUUUUAUAUUUUUGUUUUAA